UUAACCUUUUUCCCUGGCACUGGAGUGGCUGCCAAGCCUGGCAUUAACUUUCCUUCCAAGCUUGCUAGGCCCAUGAAGUAAACAGCCAUGUGCAUUCCUUACUCUAUAUUUAACAGCUGCAGUCUGUGCUGGGGGCAACUGCAACAGAGGGGAACCUUUGUAGCUUCCCAAAUCCCCAGCUCGUGAGGGUGGGAGUGGGGGAAGCUUUCCGCAAGGAGAAGAGGGAUUUCUCUCCUUCUCGGUGUUUGCAAAGCAGGUUCCGUUAGCGAGAGACUGCAAUGCCAGCAUCCCAGCCGCGGUCCAGGGCACGAGACAGGAACAAUGUCCUCAACAGGGCUGAGUUCCUCUCCCUGAACCAGCCGCUGAAAGGGACCCAGGAGAGCAGGAGCCAGGGGAGGAAGCAGAGCGGCCAGGCGGGAGCAGCCGGCGCCCAGAACAGCAGCCCCAAGGAGCGGAGGCAGUCGCAGCAGCUGCCUGAAGAGGACUGCAUGCAGCUCAACCCCUCCUUCAAGGGAAUCGCCUUCAACUCCCUGCUGGCCAUCGACAUCUGCAUGUCCAAGCGGCUGGGAGUGUGUGCCAACAGAGCGUCGUCCUGGGGAGGCGCCCGCUCCAUGAUCAACCUCCUGGGGAUAACGGGGCACGGGAUCCCCUGGAUCGCGGGCACGCUCAUCUGCCUGGUGAAGAGCAGCACGCUGGCAGGCCAGGAGGUCCUCAUGAACCUGCUGCUAGGCAGGUCGCUGGCCUCUGCGGUUGGGGUUCCUCCUCUGUGCGGUGAUGAUAACGGUGCUCGCCUGCUCACGGCCCUGCUGCUGGACAUCAUGAUCGUGGCGGGCCUGCAGAAGCUGGCCAAGCGGAAGGGCCCGUACGACGUGAGCCCAGGCUUGUUGGACUACCUGACCAUGGACACCUACGCGUUCCCGGCCGGGCACGCCAGCCGGGCGGCCAUGCUCUCCAAGUUCUUCCUCAACCACCUGGUGCUGGCCAUCCCCCUCCGCAUCCUGCUGGUCCUUUGGGCCCUCUGCGUGGGCUUUUCCCGCGUCAUGAUCGGACGGCACCACAUCACCGAUGUCCUCUCCGGCUUUGUUUUCGGCUACUUGCAGUUUCGGCUGGUGGAGUUGAUAUGGAUGUCUUCCAACACGUGCCAGAUGUUGAUAUCGAUCUGGUGAACGUGGGGGACUUGGUGCCUUUGCACUGGAAACUAGCAGAUACGUUCAGAGUCUCCCUCCCGGUAUUUUCUACAUGUUGUUUGUCGGAAACAGUUGCACCUUCCAUGAGUAGUGGCGUUUUUUAAUGUUGCUUCCCCGCCUGGAAAAAAAAAAAAAAAGAGUUUCUUGCAAUGGGUUGGGUUUUAGCACCCAAGGGCCGUACCUGUGAUUUCGGCCAUAUUCUCAAACUAGAGUUGGACAGCAAUCAAAUUAAGCUUUACGGGUGAGAGAAGUGAGCUACAUGUCUGCCUUGGGGUGGCUCACAGCAGCACCUCGGUACGUCCUCAGCAUGGGCAGUGCCUGAGAGCCUCCUGAGGACACGUUCGUUAACGUUUUUGAGGCUAAAUGAUUUGGGCCGCAGUGCUGCGACUGUGUCUUGUACAGUCAGGGCACUGCUGGCGUUUCGCAGUUAAUAAAUAAUCCUAAAAAU